AUGCAGCAAUCAGGAGCCUGGCCCGUGGAAGACGGGCUUAGCACUAGCACGUUUGCAAUCAUCUUGGGGAUUCGCACAGAGAGCGCUAGUGUCCAUAUGAAAAUGCAAAUCAACAAAGGCCUGCACAUUGCCCACACCCGGCUUCUAGAUGUCGCCAAGCUCGGUCUUCCUGCUGGUUGUGAGUUCUUGGAUACUAUCAGCCCUCAAUAUACCACCAAUCUCGUUUCUUGGGGUGCCAUCGGUGCUCGUACCACUGAGUUGCAAGUUCACCACAAGCUUACAUCUGCUCUGUCAAUGCCCACCAGUUUCAAAAAUUCCAUGGAUGGGAGCAUCGGAAUUGCCAUUGAUGCCUGCUGCGCAGCCAGGAGUGGACAUGUUUUCCUGAGCAUGGGCAAAGAAGGGCUCCGCAGUAUCAUUGAGACCACUGGCAAUCUGGACGUACAUGUCAUUCUAUGCGGUGGCGCCUCGGGCUUGAAUUAUGCUGCUGAAUUUGUUCAUGAAACCUGUCAGAAGCUGGUCAAGGCUGGUUUACCCCAAAAAAUCAUGAUUGACUGCAGCCAUGGAAACAGCUCAAAGCAGCACCACAAGCAAGCUGACAAUAUUGCACAUCAAUUAGAAUCAGAAGAUACAUCAUCCUUCAUUAUGGGGGUCAUGAUUGAGAGCAACCUGGUGGAGGGCUGUCAAGAUAUCCCUGCAUCUGGGCCCGCAGGCCUCAAGCGACAGUUCCUGUACUUGACUGCCUCCCUGAAGGUGUCUGGGCAUGGCGACAGUUGGUUAAGUCCAAUGCUAGAAGCUAGUAGAUCCUCCAUUAGAUGUACCAACUUUGCUCAGAUGUAA